AAUGGAUUCCAGUGAUUGUGAAAAUGUGUACAGAGAUGAGAAAAUGUCAGAAGACUUUGAAUCUGAUACUGUGAAUUCUCUGGUAGAUAUACCAUUUGCAAGUACAAAGAUUAAAGAUGAUUGUGGAUCCACUAAUCUACAGAAAAUAAAAUCAGAGGGAAGUGAAUACAAUGAAUAUAUCAGUAAAGAUAAAGUAAGGAAGAAAAAGAAAAAGAAUUAUCAACCAAACUAUUUUCUAUCUAUUCGAAUCACCAAUAAAGAGAUUACAAGAAGAAUAAAGAGUCUACAAAAUGAAAUAAUUCAAAAAGAUAAGCGCCUGGCCAAAACAAUGAGCCAUGAUGGUUCUUUUCAUAUUACCCUACUAGUGAUGCAGUUAUUAAAUGAAGAUGAAAUAAACAUUGGUAUUGAUGCUCUUUUGGAAUUAAAACCCUUCAUAGAAGAAAUCCUCCAAGGAAAGCAUUUGACUUUGCCUUUUCAGGGGAUUGGCACUUUUGGAGGUCAGGUUGGAUUUGUGAAGCUGGCAGAAGGAGAUCACAUGCACACACUUCUGGAAAUAGAAGAGGUUGCCAAAAAGACAUUUCAAGUAAAAGGGAUUUUGGCAGGAGAAAACAGAAGUUACAAGCCUCAUUUGACCUUCAUGAAAUUGUCUAGAGCACCAUAUCUUCGAAAGAGGGGAGUGAAAAAAAUAGACGUCGCAUUCUUUGAAAAAUUCGUCGAUCACAAAUUUGGAGACGAAAGGGUGUUUUGCAUAGAUCUUUGUUCCAUGGAGAAAGAAAAGCAAAGUGAUGGUUAUUAUCACUGUGAGUCUUCGAUUAUGAUUGGUAAUAAGAGUGGAGGUGAGCCCGAUGAUGCUGAGCUGGUAAGGCUCAGUAGGAGGCUGGUGGAGAAUGCAGUGGUCAAGGCUGUCCAACAGUAUCUGGAAGAAACACAGAACAAAAACAAGCCAGGGGAUGGGAACUCUGUGAAAACUGAAGUGACUGAUAAAAAUGGUACUGACAUUGACAACAACAGGAAAUGAAUACAGGCAGAGAAGCUCCCUGCUCCUUUGGCUGAAUCAAGGAACUAACUUGGCUAUUUAAUCUGUGGAGAUUUGCACUUCUGAACACAAUGGAACCGAAGUGGAGCUGAAUGGAGCAGAGAAAAUUAACCAAUGAAACAAGAAAGACCUAAGAUCACUCACCAUCAGCCAUGACUGACAGGGAGGAGAUAGUGGGUUAAGCCUCAGGCACUCAGAUUCAAAAACACAAAAGGGGCCUUGCCAUAAAUGGAAUACUGCCAUUUAUAUUGUUUAGCUGGGCAUUUGACUACUUUUCUCACACACACACACACACACACACACACACACACACACACACACACACACACACACACACACACAUUAAAAAGUGCGAAGUUUAAAAUAAUUUUGAUUGAAAUUGUUGUCCUUAAAAUUAAUCUAUAAUGCUUCAUGUUUCUCCAUUAUGAUGUCAUUAUGCAGUGGUUUUUUUAAUUCAUAGUAAAUUUGUUUUAUGUAAAUUAUAUAUUUUUGGCAAAAUGUAACCUUUUUUAUCAAAUGGGCAACAUUUUAAAAGUUUUUUCAAAUCCUCUUUUGAUAAGUCAGUGUGUCAUAUUAAUGUUUUUCAUUAGCCUUUGUAUGUUAUAUAUAUGAUUUUUUUUCUGUAGGAAAGAAACCUGGAUUCCGGGACUUAAUUAAAGAAACUUUGCAUCAAGAAAGAAUGGUUCUGAAGUCCAAAGUAAAACAGAUAAGGGAACUUUUGUUAAAUCCUGAAACUCAGGCCAAAAUUAGGAGGGAGCUCUUUGAAGGAAGAUCCAUUCACUACAGUAAUCAAGAAAAUGCUGUUGAUUUCAGUAGUCCUUUGCCAUAACCAACAUUGUUACCAUGGUACUAAAUACCAUGUUUGAAAUCUUUUAAGUACAAUGUUUAUGAAAUCUAUGAAGUUUAUGAAACUUUUCAGCUUAUUAAAUAGCUCUUUGGUAACGUCCAAAGAAA